AUGCACGGAGGGACCGUAGAGAAACUCACGACCGUCCUCCCAGACGUGCAAGGCCACUCCCACGGAUCCUGGUUCGACAAGUCCAGCAAACCUUUCGCAAGUGAGAAAGACCGCGAGCAAUUCAUUCACGCAGUAAUAACCGUUCUCACGCAAAAUGGAGCCCUGAACCUGUCAAACUACACCAUCCGCCUCCUCUUCUCUCGCAGAGAACAUGACGACCAAGUCGUAGCGCGCAUAGUCGCACAGCUAGAUGGUGUGAUUCGUGCCAAGCUCGAACCAGACGAAGCUGGCAAGGAUCAGACGGAAGCGUUCAUGGCGCUGAAGAAGGAUGUCGAGAUCAAGCUCGAGAGGAUCUUGCAGGCGGUGCCGGAUGGUGGCGAUGAUGUUGAGGCUGCGAGCGCCGCGGCUGGACCGUCGAGAUCCCGACAAUCUUUCACUGCUGGAUUUACUGAAGGAUUUAGUGGAGGCAGUGGGGGUGGGAACAGGGUGGUGCCUGUUGAGGCGCCGCCGGCAUAUGAGGGCGACGUGAAGCGGAAGCCGGUGAAGCGGUAG